GAAAACAGUACCACAAAGAUAAGGAUAUACAAAGCCCCACCUUUCAUUUCCCUCUCCCUUAGCGGGCAUUAAUAAUCUUUAUCGAAGUACCAGUACCACCAAAAGAGAAGUGAGUACAGUGAACGAGCUUUCAGCUGAAACGUGUUUGGAUUCUCAAAGUCUCAAGGUGAAGCAAGGGAUGAAGAACCUAUAGUAGUUAAAGGUUUCUGUAAAUUGAUUCAAUAUGACGCCUGUAAUUCCCUACUCUAUAAGCAGUGUUUCACUUAUUCCCGGGACAGUCUUCAGAACAAGAAAGACAUUUUGUUCAACAAGAUUUAGCUUCUCAAAGAAAUCCACCAUAAAUACUUCUCCCACACAAAAUUUUCUGCUACCUCGCUCAACUUCUUUUAGAUUGCUUCCACCAUAUGGGAGGGGAUGUUCUUUACAUAAUCGGUCUAGAAUUCAUCUAUUAUCAGCUACAGAAACUGAUGUAGCUGUGGAGGAACAAGAUUCUCCAGUAGCAGAUGAGGAUGCUGGAGCCUCGAAAGUUUCAUCUGAUGAAGCUGGAGUAAAAUCUGAUACCAGUCCAACACCAGCUCAAUCAAAACGUUCAAGACCUGUUAAAAAAAGUGAGAUGCCACCAGUAAGCAAUGAGGAACUAGUUCCUGGUGCAACUUUUACUGGGAAAGUGAGAUCAAUCCAGCCAUUUGGUGCAUUUAUAGAUUUUGGUGCUUUCACAGAUGGCCUGGUGCAUGUUUCCAUGUUGAGUGAUAGCUACGUCAAAGAUGUUGGAAGUGUUGUUUCUGUUGGGCAAGAAGUGAAAGUGAAAUUAGUUGAAGCAAACAUGGAGACUGGGCGUAUUUCUCUCUCUAUGCGUGAAAAUUCCGAUUCUAGUAAAAUGCAACAGCGGAAAGAUGCUUCUGGUAGUAAUGACAGGACUGGCUCUGGCAGGGGUCCUUCAAAGCCCAACCAGAGAAGAGGUGAGGGGAGAAGAAAUUCCAAAUUUGUCGUGGGACAGGACCUAGAGGGUACAGUGAAGAAUAUGAACAGGUCUGGUUCUUUCAUAUCUCUCCCUGAUGGGGAGGAAGGUUUCCUCCCCAUAACAGAGGAACUCGAGGAAGGAUUUGGAACUCAUAUGGGGGAAACUUCACUUGAGGUUGGCCAAGAAGUUAGCGUUCGAGUGUUGCGUUUCAGCAGAGGAAAAGUAACCUUGACAAUGAAGAAAGAAGAAAAUGCUCAAAAGUCAGAUAUAAAGUACACUCAAGGGGUAACCCAUACCGCAACAAACCCAUUUGUGCUGGCCUUCCGCGAGAACAAGGAAAUUUCUGCGUUUUUGGAUGAAAGAGAGAAAAUUGAAAAAGUUGAUGAAACACCAGUGACACCAAAGGUUUCAGAAGAAUUAGAGAACAAUGUUAGUGAAAGCAAAACUGUGUUAGAUAGUCCAGAAGAGCAGGACCAAUCAGCAAGCAGUGGUGAGGCAAAUCUUUCUGCAGUGGAUGAAAAUGUUAAAUUUGAUGAAGCUUCUUCAGAGAAGGCAGAGGUGGAAUCCAGUGCAGUAGAAGAGGCAUCAACAAAUAUUUCAGACAACAAAGAGGACCUUGAAAAGGCUAUUUCUAGCACAGAUAACAACUUUGACAGUGAAGUCCAAACCACUGAGAAAGCGGAGGUGAGUUCUGAAACUUUGAAUAAUGAAGUGAGCAUAUCAACAGAGGAACCUGCUGAAAGUGAAGGAAAGUCAGACUCAACUGCUGCAUCAGCUGAUCAAAUCUUAUCUACAGAAAGUUCAACUGAUGAAGUGAUUACAGAACAACAAGCUGAUGAUGUUAUAGUUAAAGAUGACCUGCUAAUAGAACCACCUACUGCAGAUAAGGUGGAACCAGAUGAUAAAAAUGGAAGUAUUACCAGUUCAGAUGAGGAAGCAUUGCCUCCAGAGAGUCCAGCCAUUGAAAGCGUAGUACAGACACCUGCUGAGAGCGAAAUUCCUUCUCCCUCAAAAGUAGAGGAUGAUAAUGUGGAAGCUACUUCUGACAAGAUUGUUGGUGUUUCUAACUCUAAUGGGCAAACUAGUACUCCUCCUGAAGAAAAUGUGACUAAAGCUACUAUAUCACCAGCUCUUGUAAAGCAACUGCGUGAAGAAUCAGGAGCUGGAAUGAUGGAUUGCAAAAAUGCAUUGUCUGAGACAGGAGGGGACAUUGUUAAAGCUCAGGAGUUCCUGAGAAAGAAAGGCUUGGCUAGUGCAGAAAAGAAAGCUAGCAGAGCUACUGCUGAGGGAAGAAUAGGUUCCUACAUUCAUGAUAGUAGGAUUGGUGUCUUGGUUGAAGUAAACUGUGAGACGGAUUUCGUAUCCCGAGGUGAUAUCUUCAAGGAGCUGGUUGAUGAUCUAGCCAUGCAGGUGGCUGCAUGCCCUCAAGUAGAGUAUAUUGAUACGGAAGAUGUUCCUGAAGAGAUUGUUAACAAGGAACGAGAUAUCGAAAUGCAGAAGGAAGAUCUCUUGUCAAAGCCAGAGCAGAUAAGAUCAAAGAUUGUUGAAGGGAGGAUCAAGAAAAGGCUUGAUGAGUUGGCCUUACUUGAGCAACCCUACAUAAAGAACGAUAAGCUCAUUGUAAAGGACUGGGUGAAGCAGACAAUUGCAACCAUUGGAGAGAACAUGAAAGUGAAAAGAUUUGUGCGGUUUAAUUUGGGAGAAGGCUUGGAAAAGAAAAGUCAAGAUUUUGCUGCUGAGGUUGCUGCCCAAACUGCAGCAAAACCAAUUCCAAAAGAGCAGCCUGCUGCAGAGGAGGUCAAGGAAAGUGUUCAGAAGCCUCCAAGUGUAACUGUAUCUGCUGCUUUGGUUAAACAAUUACGGGAAGAAACUGGAGCGGGAAUGAUGGACUGCAAGAAAGCUCUUUCAGAGACUGGAGGAGAUAUUACACAGGCACAAGAGUACCUGAGAAAGAAGGGUCUUUCAUCUGCUGAUAAGAAAUCCAGUCGGCUUGCAGCUGAAGGCAGGAUUGGUGCAUAUAUUCAUGACUCCCGCAUCGGAGUACUAAUUGAAGUAAACUGUGAGACCGACUUUGUUGGUAGAAGUGAGAAGUUCAAGGAGUUGGCUGAUGAUCUUGCAAUGCAAGUUGUGGCCAGCCCACAGGUGCAAUUUGUAUCUGUUGAAGAUAUUCCAGAGAGCUUUGUCAAGAAGGAAAAAGAACUUGAGCUGCAGAGAGAGGACCUUCAGUCAAAACCAGAGAACAUUAGAGAGAAAAUUGUUGAAGGUAGGAUCUCCAAGAGGCUUGCGGAGCUUGCUCUUCUAGAGCAGCCAUUUAUUAAAGAUGACAGCGUUCUGGUGAAGGACCUGGUUAAGCAAACUGUUGCUGCUCUUGGAGAAAAUAUCAAAGUAAGAAGAUUUGUUCGCUUCACUCUCGGGGAGGAGACACAUGAGAAACCAAAAGCAGAAUCUGAAGCAUGAAGUUAGUGAAACUUGGAGCAGCCAUGGCGAGAUGUGGUGCUUCUUGAUUCAUGGUAGAGUAACAACUAAAGGGUACAGAGUGGAUAACCUAAACUUCAGAUGAAAGAAAUCUGAUUCUUUUUGUUGUAAUUUGAGGGAAUUAGUCUUUAUCUUCAGCCAGAAUGUUGUUGUAUGUGGUGUACCACCAAAACCAUUUUGGGAUCGACAUCUUCAGGAGAGGUUAAAUUAAGCAUCUUUUGGUUUAUUCUUUAUUGUAUCAAAAAACAGAAACGUAUUUCUGUAAAGGAAAUUUUUGGAAUCAUUAUAUCCAAUAAAUCGAAUAUGGCUUAUUGUUCCCAA